GUCAGACACCUCGGUAGCUUGUAGACAAAAUAGACGAACGGAUAAAGCUCUUUAGAGGUGUUCGUGUAUAUUAGACACUGUGUUUUAAACCCACUUCUGUCGUCUAGUUAGUUAUCCGAUUAAAUUUCAUAUUUCCGAUGUUAUUGGUCAGCUCAUGGCAAUUUAGAUUGCGGCUCAUUCAUUAGCAUAGCUAGCUAACACCUCCGACCAUGAGUUCACUGAGCUACUCUCCUGCUAAAGAAGAGGCGGUCUGCUGGACGGAGAAAGAGGGACUGUGGCUGAACGUUGUCGUGAAAGAGGAGAAAGAAGAAGAGGCUGUUACAAUACAAAAACAAGUGGAGGGUGAGGCUGUUACAGUUAAAGAAGAGGAAGACGCAUUCAGAGUGAAAGAGGAGGAUGUUACAGUAAAAGAAGAGGAGGAAGAGAAAGAGGAGGGUGCAGUUUUUGGAGUUAAAGAGGAGGAGUGGGAGAUGACUGUCACAUCCAAAAAAGAAGAGGAGGAAACUGGAUAUCUGGGCCCGGUUUCCCAAAUGCAUCUUAAGGCAUCCAAUGGUAACGAAGAAUUUAGCCAUAAAAUGGUUUUGGGAAACCGGGCCCUGAUUAACACUGGAGAGAGACAUGACGAUUGUGGAUCCUCUGGGGAGCCUCAACAACAUCAUGAAGCUGAAGAGGAGAGUUUUUCCGCAUCAGAACAUCUCAAGAAACAGAAGCGGAAACGCACAGGGAAGAAACCUCAACGCUGCUCUGACUGUGGGAAGAGAUUCACCUCUUCAGCAGACCUCAAAAGACAUCAGAGAAUCCAUACAGGAGAGAAACCUUAUAGCUGUGAUCAAUGUGGGAAGAGAUUUACUGAUCUUAGCAGCCUGAAAAGACACCAGAGAAUUCACACUGGAGAGAAACCGUAUAGCUGCACUGACUGUGGGAAGAGUUUUAAUGUUCCAAGCAGCCUGAAAACGCACCAAAGAAUUCACACGGGAGAGAAACCUUAUAGCUGUGAUCAAUGUGGGAAGAGUUUUGUUUCAUCUAGCCAGCUGACUGUACACCAGAGAACACACACAGGAGAGAAAUGUUAUAGCUGUGAUCAAUGUGGGAAGAGUUUUGUUUCAUCUAGCCAGCUGACUGCACACCAGAAAACACACACAGGAGAGAAAUUGUAUAGCUGUGAUCAAUGUGGGAAGAGAUACUCUGGUAAAAGAUCUCUGAUUAGACAUCAGAAAAUCCAUGAAGGAGUUGUUCCAUGAUAACAAU